AUGGAGAGGUGCAGUGAUGAUCUUUUGAAGGCUCUCAAGCAGAAGCUCUAUGAGAAGGAGGAGGUGCUGCUGGGAAAAACUCAGGUCAUCGAUGUCCUCCAGCAGGAAGUGGACGGCAGGGACCAACAGAUAAAGGAGCUCACGGAGCGUCUCCGCCGGCUGCACGUGGAACGGGAGAGUCUGGAGUCCAAGAUGGAGGCGGAGAAGCACGUGAUGCGAGCGCAGCUGCGAGACCUGAUGGAGAAGCAGCAGGCGGAGGUCCAGCGAGUGAAGGAGGAGCUCCAGGAGCAGAUGGAGCAGAAGCAGCAGGAGAUCAGGAGGUCUGCUGCACCUCCUCCUCACAGAGAGGAGGAGGAAACAGGAAGUGAUUCAGCCUCCAAUCAGAGGAUAGCAGAGCUGGAAGGCCGAGCCAAGAAGAAGACGGACGAGGCGAGCAGAUCGGAGACAAAGUUCCUGAAGAUGAAAGCCUGGUCCAAAACUCGGAUCAGGCAGUUGGAGGAGGAGCUAAAGAAAAGCCAGGCGGGAGGUGCGCCCCCGGAGCUGAACGCCCUGCGGAGUCGCAUCACAGCGCUGGAGGAGGAGAGGGAGGAGAACCUCUGGAAGGUGGAGCAGUACGAGGAGCUCAAAGCUAAGAACGAAACGCUGGAGGCUAAGCUGGAGGUGUACGAGGAGCAGCAGAGGACCCUACAGGCCGACCUGGAGCAGUUCACCAAGAGGACGGCCUCUCAGGCGAGUGAGUCGGGCAGUGCGGACGACACUCAGAGUCACGUUCUGGAGUGGCAGGAGAUGGUUUCUGAUGCCGUCAGCGCCAGGGACCGGGCCAAAGAGGAGAAAGCUGCCAUGGUGCUGCGGAUCAGCCACAUGGAGGAGGAGAGGGAGGGUAAGACUGCAGGGUGACACACAUCCACAGCUGUUAGCACUCUCAGAUCACCAGGAGUCACUAAUAGGGCCACAAUGCACAGGAAAUUAUUUAUUUUUGUAGAAAAUCUCACACAGAUGUUGCCUAAUGCACACCUAAUCUGCGUCGAAAAAUCUCACACACUGCCAAUCGUCAAUCUGAGUCUCCUUUAAUAGAUCUUUAACUGACCAAUAAGCGCACAAAUAAACCACACAUUUAAGCAAAUCUAUUUUCUUUCUUUCUCUUUAAGCAUCUCUGAAAUAAGCAGUAAUUUAACUCAAUCUCCUGACUUUC